AUGUCAUCCAUUCUUAAUAAAUUUAGAAAGCAACCUCAAAAUGAUGUGCCUGCAGGAAUUAAAAUAGAGAAUACUCUAUUUGGCUAGCCACAAGGAACUUAUCAGCCACCCAUAAUUCCAUCUGUUUAAUUGUCUCAAACUAACUAACCGAGAUAAAAAGGAAGACCCGGAGGAGGCUGGGAUGAUGAGCCUGAACCAUAAUAGCAAUAAUAAUAAACAUCUUCGAACAUGCCUGCGAAUACGAUUAAUCUAAUUAAUGAUACUCCACCUAAGUAAAAUGAAAAUAAAGCAAACUUUGGCAUACUACUACCACCCUAACCGUCCAAUAACGACAUACAAUUAAGUAGAGUGAGUGAGUACAAAAAAGGACAACUAUUAACUUAUGAAGAAUUAGAGAUCGGUGGAUUUGAAUUUGAGUUUCAUAUUGUAGAGGAAGCAAUUAAAUUAGGCGGUAUUAAAUUGAAGUAGAGUGAUUCAGUCCUUAAGGAAUUUGCAAGAGCUUGUCAAACUUUACAGGAAUAAUUGAUAGGAAGCAUUCUUUUGAAUAAGCUCUAUAGUGAAGAGAAUUGGAAAGUUCAAAUUAGAUGCAUUUAUGCAAUUCAAUUUAUUAGUUAAUAAUAUCAAAACUAUAGAGAAUUCUUUUUAAUUAAUUAGAAUUACCUAAAGAUAGAUACGGAUUAAUAAAUAUUAAAAUCAGCCAUUGAGUAAACUCUCUUAGAAAUUAAUGGACAGCAGACAUAAAAGCAAAAGGAGAUUUAAUUUGAAUUUCGUGAGCCUCCAAAGCCAUAAUAAAAUGCAGUAUAAUAAUAAGCAAAUCUUUUUGAAAUAGGAAAUAAUGAGGGUUAGCAAAAAUAAUAACAACAAUAAAAACUAGAUUUAAAAUCUCUAAAAAUAAAACAACCAGAAGUGAAGCAAUAGACUCAAUAAAAUACUUAAAUAGAUUUAUUAGAGGCAUUCAAUUAGAUGUCUGUCUAAAAUCCUAGUUAAAACUAAUAGUAGCAAUAAAAUCAAGGAAUUAACUUUGAUGAAAUAUUAAAUACUUAAACAACUCAAACUGUAUAAUAGCCAUAAUAAAAAAAGAAUGCUUUUGGUUUUCUCAAAAAAGAUCAGCAAUAAUAACCUUAAUAAUAGCCACCUCAAUAGUUAAAAUAAGAUUAAGCCUAAUUAAACACACUUUUAUUACAACCCCCUCAAUAAUUAUACUAACAGCCAGCACCAAAUCAAUAAUAGGCUUCAAAUAUUCCCUCUGGAUAGCCAUCAAAUUUAUAUAACCUAUAAUAAUAAGCUUAAUUUGGAUAACCAAAUUACUCUUAGGCCUUUGCUCAGUUUAACAUCCAAUAAUAACAAUACAAUUUGGUUUAGUAAACUCAGUUCAGUUAAGAAUAGCCAUAAUAAAAGCAACAGCCUGCACCAAAAGAGAAUGCUUUUGAUUUCCUAAAUUUCUGA